CCAUAUAAUUUAUUACUCGUUAUUCAUACGAAUCACAUAUUAAAUUUCUCAAAUACACAAUCGAUCCAAUGGUUUGCAGAGCUGCCUGCAAUCGAGAAGAACCAACUGCAAGUCCAGACCUCCCCCGGCCCCCACCAAACUGCAGGACCAAGACUUGAAAUUUAAGUUACUCUCUUUCUGUCCAAUUCUUAGCGCACCUGUCGGCAUUGCAACCACUUGAGCGAGAAAGAAAGCAAUCGCUCAACAGCUUGCUCAAAUCACACGCAGCCGGCAGCUCAGCUCACGACAUCUUGUUACUGAACAGAAGCCGCGCUGCGAGUGGAUGUUUGUCGAUAGGAGCUCAAUGCUUGUCGAUACAGCUUCUGAGUCAAGGCAUUUCUGACUGAGGAGAGGAGUGAGGAGGGAGAGAUAAAUUUGGGGUUUUGGGAAUUUGGAGUUUUGCAUUUCGUUUCAAUGUUGGUCCAAGAACGCAACGGACCCAAAUCCCCAAAGUACGCACACUCCAACUCUCAGAGCAGAGCAUCCCUUUCCUUCGCUCCGAAUCUCGAUUUCUCCACAUGGGUUUCCGAGAAUCUGUACAAAAUUGUCACCGUCGUGCUUCUGAUCGCCACCGUCGCCGCCCUUUUCGUCCUCCGUAAUAUUGGCGACACCGCCGCCUUGCUCUGCUUCGAGACCCAGGCCCAGAACCUCGAGAAGAUUCGGAUGCCGCAGCUUGAAUCCACCGUCAAGACAAUCUCCGACACGUCGUCUCCCUACGCCAGCUUCCGAUCUGAGAAGUGGGUUGUCGUUUCCGUUUCCGAUUACCCGACCGACUCGCUCAAGAAGCUCGUGAAGCUCAAGGGGUGGCAGGUCCUGGCAAUCGGGAACUCCAAAACGCCGUCGGAUUGGAGCCUCAAAGGUGCUAUCUUUCUGUCCCUUGAACAACAAGCUCAAUUGGGUUUUAGGGUUGUGGAGUACUUGCCUUAUGAUUCUUAUGUUAGGAAGAGUGUGGGUUACUUGUUUGCUAUCCAGCAUGGCGCGAAGAUGAUCUUCGACGCUGAUGAUCGCGGAGAGGUGGUUGGUGAUGAUUUGAGUAAACAUUUUGAUGUGGAGUUGAUGGGAGAGGGUGCUAGGCAGGAGACUAUAUUGCAGUAUAGCCAUGAGAAUCCCAAUAGGACUAUUGUGAACCCGUAUAUUCAUUUCGGGCAACGCUCUGUGUGGCCGAGAGGUUUGCCAUUGGAGAAAGUUGGUGAGCUUGGCCAUGAAGAGUUCUACACUGAGGUUUUUGGUGGAAAGCAGUUUAUACAACAGGGUGUAUCCAAUGGACUUCCUGAUGUCGAUUCUGUGUUUUAUUUUACACGAAAAUCGGGUUUGGAAGCUUUUGAUAUUAGGUUUGAUGACCAUGCCCCGAAAGUGGCGUUGCCGCAGGGAACAAUGGUGCCUGUUAAUUCUUUCAAUACAAUUUACCAUUCAUCGGCAUUUUGGGGUUUGAUGCUUCCUGUUUCUGUUAGCACAAUGGCUUCUGAUAUAUUAAGGGGUUACUGGGGGCAGAGGCUUUUGUGGGAAAUAGGUGGAUAUGUUGUAGUUUAUCCCCCAACUGUUCAUCGGUAUGAUAGAAUUCAGGCAUACCCCUUUUCUGAAGAGAAGGAUCUUCAUGUUAAUGUAGGACGUUUGAUCAAAUUUUUGGUUUCCUGGAGAUCGGGUAAGCAUAGGUUGUUUGAAAAGAUUUUGGAGUUAAGUUUUGCCAUGGCAGAAGAGGGGUUUUGGACUGAGAAGGAUCUGAAGUAUACUGCUGCUUGGCUUCAUGACUUAAUUGCUGUAGGGUAUCAGCAGCCUAGAUUAAUGUCAUUGGAAUUGGAUCGGCCUCGUGCAAAUAUUGGUCAUGGGGAUACAAAAGAGUUUGUCCCGCAAAAGUUUCCAUCUGUUCAUCUUGGAGUUGAGGAAUCAGGAACAGUGAACUAUGAAAUCGGAAAUUUGAUUAGAUGGAGGAAGAAUUUCGGGAAUGUUGUGCUUAUCAUGUUUUGCAGUGGACCUGUGGAACGUACUGCUUUGGAAUGGAGAUUGCUAUAUGGGCGGAUAUUUAAAACUGUGAUCAUUUUGUCUGAUCUAAAGAACACUGACCUUGCUGUUGAAGAAGGAAAAUUGGAGAAUGUAUACAAGUACAUGCCCAAAAUAUUUGAUCGAUAUUCCGGUGCAGAUGGAUUUUUAUUUGUUCAGGACAAUACUAUUCUUAAUUACUGGAAUCUUCUACAGGCAGACAAAACUAAAUUGUGGAUUACAAAUGAGGUAUCCAAGUCCUGGAGUAUAGUAUCAACAAACGACAACUCAGAUUGGUUUUCAAAGCAAGCAGGCAUGGUAAAGAAGGUUGUUAGUAUGAUGCCAGUUCACUUCCAAGUCAGUUAUAAGAACAGUGUAACCAGUCACAAGAGCAUCACAAUUUGCAGUUCUGAGGUGUUCUACAUUCCUCGUCGGUUUGUAGCUGACUUUGUCGAUCUUGUUAAUCUAGUCGGAAACCUAGAAAUUCAUCACAAGGUUGCCAUUCCAAUGUUCUUUCAAGCAAUAGAUUCACCUCAGAACUUUGACUCAGUGCUCAGUACAAUGAUCUAUGAGGAACAACCACCUUCUGCUAAUUCUUCAUCCUUAUAUUCGGCUAAAGUACCUGCGGUUCACCCAUGCAAUGUGACUAGCGAACAAGAGUUCAUUAAACUAAUAAGAGUAAUGGCAGAAGGUGACCCUCUCCUAAUGGAGUUAGUUUGAAGGUAACUUCAUCUCUUUUGGUACUAAAAUUUAAAAUACCAUGAAAAGGGAGUAACAAAGAAACAUGUACCAUUUCGUUAACUGUCAUACAGAACUCUUUUUUCAUUUUUUAGGGGGCAUCUUUUUUCUUUUUUUUUUUUUCAUUUUCUGUAGGUUUACGUUUUACCAUUCAUUACUGAUUGAAGAUCCCCCCGCGCCCCCCCCCCCCCC